AUGAGCGAAAAUGAUAUGCGCUGGAUUGAUCACAUCCUCACUUCUGAUAACUAUAAGUACUUUGUCAGAAUUGAUGAUGAAUUCGCUUUCAACUCUUUCAACCUUUUCGGAAUAAGAAAAUACGUUACUCAUUUCCCUGAAGCAUAUGAAUUAAUUCGUUCAUCAGUUAGAUCAUCACUCCAGAAUGGAAAAAUCCCAGAAGAAAUUGAAAAGGAUGCCAUCAUCGUUUAUGGUCUUCUUCAAGCAAGAUUUCUUUUAACAAAACCAGGUUGGGAACAAAUGAUGUCAAAAUACAGAGAAAAAGAAUUUCAGACAUGCCCACGUGUUUACUGUAAAAACUGCGUUUGCUUGCCAUACGGCGUAUCUGAAGAAUACGGAGUUGCAAAAAUGAAAAUGUUUUGCCCCAACUGCUGCGAUAUUUAUAACGUAGAAGAUCCAAAUCUUAGUCAAAUUGAUGGAGCUUUCUUUGGUCCAAAUUGGGUUCACAUGUUCAUGCAAAAAUAUCCAGAAAUAGUUCCUAGAGAGUCACAGCGUGUUUAUGUACCACGUGUUUUUGGAUUUAGAAUAUACCAUGAAUCAGAUGCUGAAGAUGAUAGCUAUGCUGAUGGUAGCGAUUAUACAGAUUAA